GCACAAAAUUCACGAUGGCUUCUAACAAGGUCGGAUACAAGAAGUUCGCUCACUGGAAUAUGUUUCCAUUCAUGACGACCCCACGGACAAACUCCUAUCUCAGACAAACGCAAUCACCGUUUUUUCGUCUUCCACGAGAGAUCCGCGAUGCCAUCUAUGAUUAUUAUAGUCAAGGCCGAGAAGAGUAUGUCUACAAUAAGGAUACCAACAAACUGCAUUAUCGAGACGCGGCUGCUCAGCACGAGGGUCUUGGUCUCAUGAUCACAUGCAGGAUCGCGGCAGACGAGAUUUUGAAGGGUCUCUACAUGAUGUCUUCUCCUGGAGACCAGAUCCAUGGAUAAUCCCCG